GGGGGCUGCGAACAAAGGGUCCCCGACGGCGCAGCGGGGACAGGGUCGCUCGGACCCUGGCUCCGGUCCAACCCCGUCCCGGCCCCCUCCCUGGGUGUGGCGUCUCCGCGGAGCCCGAAAAUGUGGGGCGCCCUGCUUGGGCCGCUGCUCGGGCUCCUGCUGCUUCUGUCGCCGAGGGACAGCGUGCACGCCGCCCGCCCCCAGGCCCCGGGCUAUUUGAUCACGGCGCCCUCCGUCUUCCGCUCGGGGGUGGAGGAAGUCAUCAGCGUGACCAUCUUUAACUCCCCAAGGGAAGUCAUGGUCCAGGCUCAGUUGGUGGCCCAGGGCGAGGCAGUGGCAUGGAGCCAGGGAGCCAUGCUGGAUAAAGGGACAAUCAAACUCAAGGUGCCCACGGGCCUCCGGGGCCAGGCCCUCCUGAAGGUGUGGGGCCGAAGCCGGCAGGAAGAGGAGGGCACCCUCUUCCACAACCAGACCUCUGUGAGCGUGGAUGCCCGGGGAGCCUCCGUGUUCAUCCAGACCGACAAGCCAGUGUAUAGGCCCCAGCACCGAGUGCUCAUCAGCGUCUUCACCGUCACCCCAGACCUGAGGCCCAUCAGUGAGAAGCUGGAAGCCUACAUCCUGGACCCCCGGGGCUCAAGGAUGAUGGAGUGGAGGCACGUGGAGCCGGUCUGCUGUGGCAUCACCAACAUGACCUUCCCGUUGUCCGACCAGCCGGUGCUGGGAGAAUGGUUCAUUUUUGUUGAAAUGCAAGGCCACGUGUACAACAAGUCCUUUGAAGUCCAGAAGUAUGCGCUGCCCAAGUUUGAGCUCCUUAUUGACCCACCCCGCUACAUCCGGGAUGUGGACGCCUGCGAGACUGGCACCGUGCAGGCCAGGUAUACCUUUGGGAAGCCCGUCUCUGGAACCUUGACAAUCAACAUGACCGUGAAUGGCGUGGGGUACUACAGCCAGGAGAUGGGGUGCCCCGUCCUCAGAACCAUGAAGAUUCACGGCUCCCAGGACUUUCACAUCUGCGUGAGGGACAUGAUCCCGACUGACAUCCCUGAGCACUUCCGGGGCACAGUCAGCAUCUGGGCCGCAGUGACCGCCACGGAUGGGAGCCAGCAGGUGGCCUUUGACGAUUCCACCCCCGUCCAGAAGCAGCUGGUGGACAUCCGCUACUCCAAGGCCACCAGGAAGCAGUUCAAGCCGGGUCUGUCCUACAUGGGGAUGGUGGAGCUGACCUACCCAGAUGGCAGCCCGGCCGAGGGGGUGACGGUCCAGAUCAGGGCGGAGCUGACCCCAAAGGACAACAUCUACACCACGGAAUCCGUAUCUCGGGGAGGGCUGGUGGCGUUUGAAAUCCCCUCCAUCCCCACGUCCGCCCAGCAUGUGUGGCUGGAGGCCAAGGUGACGGCACUCAACGGAAAGCCUGUGGGGACCCAGUACCUGCCCAGCUACCUGUCUCUCAGCAGCUGGUACUCCCCAAGCCAGUGCUACCUGCAGCUGCAGCCGCCCGCCCGCCCCCUGCAGGUCGGGGAAGAAGCCCGUUUUCCCGUGACGUCCACGUGUGCCUGCAAUCUCACCCUGCACUACGAGGUGGCUGCCCGGGGCAACAUCGUGCUCUCCGGCCAGCAGCCUGCCCGCAUCACCCAGCAGAGAAGCAGGCGGGCAGCCCCGGAGGAGCCGAUUCGCUUAACACACCUUUCGGAGACAGAGCCCCCUCCAGCCCCAGCUGCUGAGCUCAGCGUAUGCAUGACCUCUCUCCAACUGUCCGUGACCCCCAGCAUGGUCCCCCUCAGCCGCCUGCUGGUCUUCUAUGUCAGGGAGAAUGGAGAAGGGGUUGCCGACAGCGUCCAGUUCACUGUGGAGACUUUUUUUGAAAACCAGGUUUCACUGACGUAUUCAGCGAAUGAGACGCAGCCCGGGGAGGUUGUGGACCUGCGGGUCAGGGCUGCCAGGGGCAGCUGCGUGUGUGUCGCUGUGGUUGAUAAGAGCGUCUACCUGCUGAGGUCUGGUUUCCGGCUGACUCCCGCCCAGGUUUUCCAGGAACUGGAAGAGUACGACGUGUCUGAUGCCUUCAGGGUGUCGUGGGAGGAUGGACCCCUCUGGUGGGCUGGGCUGGCCGCUCGCCGCCGCCGGCGCUCCUUCGUCUUCCUCUGGCUCUGGGGCGUCAUCAAGGACUCUGGGUUUGCCUUCGCCGAAACAGGACUGGUGGUGAUGACUGACCUGGUGAGCCUGAACCACCGGCAGGAUGGUGGCCUAUACACCGACGAGGCUGUCCACACCUUCCAACCCCACACAGGGAGCCUGAUGGCCGUGGCAUCCUCCAGGCAGCCUCCCAGAGCAGAGAAGAGGAGAAGGACCUUCUUCCCGGAAACCUGGGUUUGGCGCUGUCUGAACAUCAGCGACCCGUCUGGCGAGGAGACGUUCCGUGUGCAGGUCCCGGACUCCAUCACCAGCUGGGUGGGCGAGGCUGUGGGUCUGUCCUCGGCGUGGGGCCUGGGCAUCGCCACGCCCUCCUUGCUGAAGACCUUCAAGCCCUUCUUUGUGGACUUCACGCUGCCCCCCCAGGUGGUCCGCGGGGAGCAGGUCAAGAUCCCGCUCAGCAUCUACAACUACAUGGGCACCUGCGCUGAGGUGUAUGUGCAGAUCUCCGUUCCCAAGGGCACCCGGUUUGUCGGGCAUCCCGGCAAACGCCAUCUGACCAAGAAGCUGUGCGUGGCCUCUGGGGAGACGGAGCCCAUCUGGGUGGUCCUGUCCUUCAGCGACCUGGGGCUCAGCAACAUCACAGCCAAAGUCCUGGCUUACGGAGAAACAAGCUGCUGCCGGGACGGGAAGCCCAGCAAACAGGCCGAGGAGAGCUACGCCGACAGGGUCCCCGCCGGGAGGGACCACAUCCGGCGCAGCGUGAUCGUGGAGCCUGAAGGAGCUCCCCGCACGUACACUUACAGUGCUUUCUUCUGUCCCAACGAGAGAGUUCAUAUCUCCACGCCCAACAAGUACGAGUUCCAGUACGUGCAGCGGCCACAGCGCCUCACUCGUUUCGACCUGUCCGUGCGAGCCCACAACGACGCCCGCGUGGCCUUGUCCCCCGGGCCCCAAGACGCCGCGGGGAUGAUUGAGAUCGUCCUGGGGGGCCACCAGAACACCAGGUCCUGGAUCUCCACCAGCAAGAUGGGCGAGCCCGUGGCCGGCACACACACGGCCAAGAUCCUCUCCUGGGAUGAGUUCCGAACGUUUUGGAUCAGCUGGCACGGCGGGCUCAUCCAGGUUGGGUAUGGUCCAGAGCCAUCCAACGAGUCUGUCAUCAUGACCUGGACCCUCCCCAAGGCCCCAGACGUCCAGUUCAUUGGCUUCUCCACCGGCUGGGGCUCCAUGGGCGAGUUCCGCCUCUGGAGGAAGAUGGAGGUGGAUGAGAGCUACAGCGAGGCCUUCACCCUGGGGGUCCCACACAGCGCCAUCCCUGGCUCGGAGCGGGCGGCCGCUUCCCUCAUAGGAGACGUCAUGGGGCCCACCCUGAGCCACCUCAGCAGCCUCCUGCGGCUGCCCUUUGGCUGUGGAGAGCAAAACAUGAUCCACUUUGCGCCCAACGUCUUUGUCCUGAAGUAUCUUCAGAAAACCCGGCAGCUCAGCCCCGAAGUGGAGAGGGAGACCACUGAUCACCUGGUACAAGCGGGCACGUGGGAGGCGACCCUGCUCUGCAUCUCCCAGCCCCUUUGGUCCUAUUUCAGGCUCACAGCCUUUGUCCUGAAGUCCUUUGCCCAGGCGCGAAGCUUCAUCUUCAUCGACCCCCGGGAGCUGGCGGCCGCCAAGGGCUGGAUCGUGCGGCAGCAGCAGGUGGACGGCUCCUUCCCAGCCACAGGCAGGAUUCUGAACAAGGACAUCCAGGGCGGGAUCCAUGGCGCAGUCCCGCUGACGGCCUAUGUGGUGGCUGCACUUCUGGAGACGGAUGUGGCCUCGGAGGUGAGCACAGGGGCCCCGAGAGAUCAGAUUGAUGUCAGCUACAAUGUGCCAGACCCGGUGGCCAAGCCGUCCUUCCAGCUGUUCGUGAAUCUCCAGGAGCCCGAGGCGGAGCGGCCCCGGCCCCCGGCACCAGCACCCUCAGCUGAUGAUGACGACCCAGCAGCCGACCUGCAUCACCAGGAGUACCAGGUGACCCUGGAGGUGUGCACCAGGUGGCUGCAUGCAGGGUCCUCCAACAUGGCUGUCCUAGAGGUGCCCUUGCUGUCGGGUUUGCGGGCAGACAUAGAGAGCCUGGAGCAGCCCAAGGCGGGGCUUGGGGCCACUGGCUGCCGGGACCCCUGCGGGCUGUGUCUCUGCUCCUCCAUCCCCCCAGCAGCACUGACCAAGCAGGCCCAGAGGCCCUCCACCAGUGUGUUGAGGCAGAACGCCUGCGUCAUCACCAGGCUUCACUGCCACUUGGAGCCUACAUAG